GAAGGAUUCCCCAGGCAGUCGCACUUGGCUGCCGACUUCUUGCUUAACAAGUCCAAAGUUCAGCUAAAGUUUGGCUGAUAAACAGAACCAAUAAAGAAGGUCCCCGGCCCCCAGUGUAAACACCAUGGGCUUGAGCAGACCCAGCUCUCCUGCCGUGGGCUCGCUCUUUUUCCGGGAGCCUCUCUCGCUCUCUCCCUCUCGCUGACUUUCCCCCUCCCCAUCUCCAUUUGCAUCUGGCCCAAAUGCCCGUCCCUUCCCACUGAUUUGCAUAUCUUAUAUUGGCUAAUGGAGGAGAUCAUGGAAAGUUAGAAGUUUGCUGACUCCUCUCGGAGGAGACUCCGGGACCGGGGAGUAACAGGUGUGUGGAGGCUUCGGGGGGGCUCCCAGACUUGGGGUUUUCUCGUGAAGCUCCCCUCCGCCCUCCUCUCUCACACCAACCCCUCCCCACCCGCCCCAAGCCCCCCUCUUCUCCAGUCGGUGGAAAAUGGUGUCCAAGCUCACGUCUCUCCAGCAAGAACUCCUGAGCGCUUUGCUGAGCUCUGGGGUCACCAAGGAAGUGCUGGCCCAGGCUCUUGAGGAACUGCUGCCAACCCCGACUUUCGGGGUGAAGCUGGAGACUUUGCCGCUGUCCCCGGGGAGCGGGGCUGAGCCUGACACCAAGCCAGUCUUUCACACCCUUACCAAUGGACAUGCCAAGGGUCGCUUGUCAGGAGACGAGGGGUCAGAGGACGGAGACGACUAUGACACCCCUCCCAUCCUCAAGGAGUUACAGGCCCUUAACACCGAGGAAGCUGUGGAGCAGAGGGCCGAAGUGGACCGCAUGCUCAGUGAGGACCCCUGGAGGGCAGCCAAAAUGAUCAAGGGAUAUAUGCAGCAGCAUAACAUCCCCCAGAGGGAGGUGGUGGAUGUUACAGGCCUGAACCAGUCUCACCUCUCACAGCACCUCAACAAGGGGACCCCAAUGAAGACCCAGAAGCGGGCGGCACUGUACACCUGGUAUGUCCGGAAGCAGAGAGAGAUUUUGAGACAAUUCAACCAGACAGUCCAAAGUUCUGGAAAUAUGACAGACAAAAGCAGUCAGGAUCAGCUGCUGUUUCUCUUUCCAGAGUUCAGCCAGCAGAGCCAGGGGGCUGGGCAGCCGGAGGAUGCCUGCUCUGAGCCUGCCAACAAAAAGAUGCGUCGAAAUCGCUUCAAAUGGGGGCCCGCAUCCCAGCAAAUCUUGUACCAGGCCUACGACCGGCAAAAGAACCCCAGCAAGGAGGAGAGAGAAGCCCUAGUGGAAGAGUGCAACAGGGCAGAGUGUCUGCAACGAGGAGUCUCGCCAUCUAAAGCUCACGGUCUGGGCUCCAACCUGGUUACUGAGGUCCGCGUCUACAAUUGGUUUGCCAACCGCAGGAAGGAGGAGGCCUUCCGCCAGAAGUUGGCCAUGGAUGCGUACAGUACAAACCAGCCACAUGGCCUGAACCCAAUGUUGUCCCACGGCUCCCCCCACCACACGCAACCAAGCGCCUCUCCUCCAAGUAAGCUAUCAGGAGUGAGAUACAGCCAGCCUGGGAACAAUGAGGUCACUUCCUCCUCCACCAUCAACCACCAUGGCAACAGUGCCAUGGUGACCAGCCAGUCGGUUCUCCAGCAGGUUUCUCCAGCAGGCCUGGACCCCGGCCACAGUCUCCUCUCACCUGAUGGUAAAUUGAUCUCUGUCUCAGGAGGGGGCUUGCCUCCAGUCAGCACCUUGACGAACAUCCACAGCCUAUCCCACCACAACCCCCAGCAAUCUCAGAACCUCAUCAUGGCGCCCCUGUCGGGAGUCAUGGCCAUUGCACAAAGCCUCAACACGUCCCAAGGUCAGAGCGUCCCUGUCAUCAACAGUGUGGCGGGCAGCUUGGCCGCCCUGCAGCCUGCCCAGUUCCCCCCACAGCUGCAUAGUCCUCACCAACAGCCGCUUCUGCAGCAGACCCCCGGGAACCCCAUGGCCCAGCAGCCUUUCAUGGCGGCAGUAACCCAGCUACAGAACUCCCACAUGUACGCGCACAAGCAGGAGCCCCCCCAGUAUUCCCACACCUCCCGGUUUCCGUCUGCCAUGGUGGUCACAGACACCAGCAGUAUUAGUACACUCACCAACAUGUCUUCCAGUAAACAGGUAAUUCUGUGUCCUCUGCAAGCCUGGUGAUGCCCACUCUUCACCUACUCUGUGCACAUCCACAAGGACCCUAGUUCCACACCAUCACCCAGCUAACCAUGCUAUCAGGGCAGUUGUCAUGGAGAAGCACCUCGAGCCGAUGGGCGACAUCAAGAGGACCUGAUGUCUCUUCCACGUCUCUCGGAACAAUCUCUCUCUCUCUCUUUCUCUCUCCAAGGCUUGGAGUCCACCCAAUCCCUCGGUGUAGGGGGGUGGGUAGGGGAUGGGAGGGUUUCGGGGAGGGGCUGGGGACUGGGGGCUCCCAUCACAGACUAUAUCCCCUGCCAGCAGCUGGAUCUUUGCUUUCGUUCCCUGCAGUAUUGUGUCAAUGCAUCAAGGAGAUGCUAAGUAUUCGCAUUCAUUCUAGCAAUGAGGAGAGAGGGACAAGGCAGGAAGAGCUGCUUGCUCAGCCCAGCCACAGAAGAGGAAGAGGAAGAUCCCUGCUGUCUUUUAAGUUAUGGUCCUUCAUCGAACAAACUGAUGGGAAAAAAAACACAAAACAAAACAAAACAAAACAAAAAAGCUUGAAUCUGUUACUGAAGUUUCAAGAGGAGGAAGCGUGUGCUGUCGAACUGAGCCAAACACACUGUAAAUAUCGGCAGACUCCCUCUCCCCAUCCCACCCCAAAUGAUUCCAAGAUUUCUUUUAAAGAAGUAAAUGUGUCCAAUGGUUGUAAACUAUAAACUACUGUAAUCCAGUGCAAUUCCCCUAGGGCUCCCCGUCCCCACACUCUUUCCCCUGUACAGAAUACUGGAUGGUAUUUUACUUUUCUUUGUUAUGGUCAGAACCAAAGUUGUUUUUUUAAAAAAGAAAAAGAAAAGAAAAGAAAAGAAAACCGCUCCCAUCAGAAAAGAGCCCCAAUCUGAGUUAAGGGGUGCUAUGACAUUCUAGAAGACCCUCUCCCUUUCCUCCUUUUGAUCCUUCAGGGCUAAGAUACCUACUGGAGAAUGUGUGAUUCUUUGGGUGAUUGCCUGAUGACAAGUCACCUGUUUGGAAAUCAUAUACCCAGGUUCCAAAAAGGGCCCGGGUCUAGGGUCAGAGUACAAAAACGCGGCUCCUUGAAGGGAUUGGGGAUUCGGGGCACGAGCCCUAAGACAUAGAAGGGUGGAGGGACUGGAUGUUGGAUCUCAAAAGCAAAAACUGACCUUUCAAAGUCCCCUAUUAAAACAUUUUAUUUUAAUGAUU